UACGCACAACCGGACGUCUAGGGACGCCAGUAGAAGAUAAACAAAAAGGAAGGAAGCCUCCGGCCCAGCAGUCGCGGCAAAAUUGGUUUAAAAAUUGAGGUUUGCCAUAGCAGUUAAUGAGUACAUGUAUCGUUCAGUCGGUUGAAUAAUUAUUAGUCGGCUUUUACAGUCAUGGACGAGGCCAUAAUAUUCCGCAUGAGUGCAUUUUCUGAGCAAGGGGGUAGAAAAUACAUGGAGGAUGUUGUCGAUAUAAAAAUCGAGUAUGAGCCGUCGGCCUCGUCAGUCGAGGAUUAUUCCAAGUCUCAGAGACAUGGAGAAGAAAAGGCAGAGACUGAAGCUGCAGAAAAGACUGAAAACGACACACACGGGCGUCAAGCUGCCGCCGAGCCUAAACCAGCUUGUGCUGUGUGGGUGGAGAAUCUCUCCAGCGAGGACAUCAGCAACAACAGCGCGCCGGUACUGUGCGAAAAAGUCGCAGUGGAUACUCGCACGUCGGUGGCAUUUUUUGCCGUGUUCGACGGCCACGGCGGUCGGGAGGCGGCACACUUUGCACGGGACAAUCUGUGGGAUUUGUUGAAAAGGCAACGUGGGUUUUGGUCGAAGGAUCACAGCGAAGUAUGUGCUGCUCUGCGGAAAGGCUUUGUUGCCUGUCACCAUGCGAUGUGGAAAGAGCUGCCGGAGUGGCCAAAGACUAUAACUGGCCUUCCCAGCACAUCAGGCACCACGGCCAGCGUGAUCGUCAUCCGUGGCGAUCACAUGUAUGUUGCCCAUGUGGGGGAUUCAGCAGUCGUGGUUGGAGUAAAAGAAAAUGACUCUGAUAUCACACUUCAGGCACUUGAACUUACACAGGACCAUAAACCUGAACUUCCUAAAGAAAAAGAGAGGAUUGAAAGACUGGGUGGCAGCGUGAUGAAGAAAUCUGGUGUGAACCGCGUUGUGUGGAAGCGACCCAGACUGACCCAUAACGGCCCAGUGAGAAGAAGCACAGUAAUUGACCAGAUCCCCUUCCUGGCUGUGGCACGAUCCCUUGGUGAUCUGUGGAGUUAUGAUUUCUAUAGCGGGGAGUUUGUAGUUUCUCCUGAGCCUGAUACCACCGUGAUGAAACUUGACCCCAAGCGGCAUCACUACAUCAUCCUUGGCAGUGACGGACUGUGGAACAUGAUGCCCCCCAAAAAUGCCGUCAAUAUGUGUUAUAGCCAUGACAAAAUGGUGGGACCUAAAGGGAUGUCGUGUGCACGCAGGCUUGGAUGCACAGCACUACUGUUUUGGAAGGAGCGCAUGCUGCGCGCAGACAACACAACAGUUAUCGUGCUGGCGCUGCAGGAGCGUGGCGGACCUCCGAUACCUAUGCAUCGGGAUGAGAUUAUUGUUGACAUGGCUACAGGAAUUGACCAUGUUCCAUAUCUUGGGAGUCAUUACAACACAUACGAAGUGCCCAAGGAAGAGCAUGAGGAUGGAAUGUUUUAUGAGGAAGAGGACAUGUUCGGAGAAGAACAGGAAGGAUGGUCAUGCCUGGAGUGGUAGCGAGAGUGAUGUUGCCUCCUCCCAGUUCCUCCGGUUUACAGUAGACUGAUUGGGUGUUUGAGGAAGCUGCAGUCUGUGCCACCGUGCACUUCUCUCCUGAGCUCGCUCUAAACACACCACCGAUCUCACAAGCAGGACUCUGAAACCCAAAAUGACUAUGGUACAUCAGCCCUUUGACACAUUCUUGACCUGCACCUAUACGGUAAACUUAACAGUUGCCUCCAUCCACUCAGCAGGUCACCUGACACAGGCCCAGAAAAUGCCUAGUAGCAAAGUACAAAGUGACCAAUCCCCUUCAAAGUGGUGCUCAGAAAAAGUUGACCUCCCCCAAGGACAUCACAACAUUACCUUUCACCUUUGCGUUUUGCGUGUGUGGACGGUGUCCAAAAGUACCACUUUUCCCUAGAUGUAUACUUUUUUACAGAGUCGUCGUUGUAAAUAUGAGUGAAAUGUGAGAUUAUCGGCUGUGUUUUUAUGUCCUCCUCCUCCUCCUCCUCUUGUCCUCCAAAUUGUAGUGUUAUGUAAUUUACCGUCUAAAGUUUGGAGUUUUGUUCCUUUGAUACACUCUAUUUUCAUACCUCUUUGUACAGUAUAUCCAACAAGAUGUGUAUUUUGAACGAAAGCGGUGAUCGCUGCAAUUUGAAGUGACGUCACUGCACCUUGUGCUGCAUGGAAUUUUAAGCUUUUAACCGGAACAAAUUACCUCUUAUUUGUUCAGUAUGCUAUGGUUUUAAGUGUUCAGAAAUCUUCACACCACCCGGCUAGACGUUUUCGUCGUUUUCUCAAACAAGAGAAGCUGCUGUGUCAUAUUCAUAAUGAAACUUAGCCUGAAAACAUGCAUUUGUGAACUGUGCACAGAAACUCGAAGGAAAUCCUUAAGUAUUAGUCUACAACAAACAAGCAUUCAGCUUUUAUACGUGUUACUUUUUUUUAAUUCCCCCCUUUUUUUUAAAAAACGUUUUCUGUUUUUCCACUGAAUAGUGAACUUUAACAUGUGAGGACAUAUACAUUACAAUUCAGUCAAACUGGGCUAAAUCAAUACAUUUGCUAAGGACAGUGUGUAUGUGUGAAUGUAUUUAAAAUGUCACAGGUGUAUCCUGAUUACAGGACAUGUCUACACAUGGAAGUGAAUGGAGGUUUUCAUUUCUAAGCGUGACACAAGUGCAGUCUGUCCUUAUGACAGUAUAGAGACCAACUCCUCAACUGAGGAUGUCCAACCUACUACAAUAUUACAGUGAUUUUAUACAAUAAAUCCCAAUAUAUGGGUAGUAGCUGCUGAAGCCAUUUAAAUAACACGUAAUGUCAUUUUGUUUUUCUACAGUAAGAAUGACAUUGUAUGUUUGGAUAAUGGAAUUAACAUUUUACAAUAGUCAUUUUUAACAGUCAUCUGUGAUGAUGCGAACAUCCCCUUCGCACCAUUUUUUUUUAAAGAUGAAUUUAUUGCUAUACACUAUAGAUAAAAUUACUAGUAAAGUGACUAAGGAGAAAAUCUGUGUUUUUUGAUUAAUUUCCUUCCAUGACGGUAUCUCUUAUUUCCAGAUACCAAGUACGAUCAGCAUUUGUCACGUGAACCCUUGGAGUUUCACGUGAUUCAGUUGAGUUUUAGCUGUGCUGGUCUGUGACCUGUGAAGCCUGGACUUUACCUGAAAUGCCUCUUAAAAUACACAUCGCAACUUUUUAACUUAAAUCUUCUAAUAGUCCUAAUAAUCACUCAGUAGCCCUCACAACUACAAUACAAAUCGAUUCUCAAUUUUAUCUAAAUUCAGUCCUUACAGAUCAUCACAUACACUCAGAAAACAAUGUAAUCUGCUACAGCUUUGGUAAGAACAGGUGUGUAUCCUGCAACGCUGUCUUUUAUUAUCUUAACAUUGCGAUGUGAUGACGAUGCUUUUUUUAAAAAGAAAGUCUACAGACUCAGAGUACAUCAGAGGACCUGUACUUUAGUGGGAAUUCCAAUUGCGACCCUCUCUGCCCUGUUGUUUGCUCAGGUCAUUUUAUGUGUUUAUUUGCUUCUGAUCACACACUUAACAAUGUCUUCCACUUAUUUAUUGCAUGUUUCGUAUUUGCCAUUCAGUGUAUUCCAACGCAACACUUAAAAACGCCCGACGGUAUGUGCAUUGAAUAUAAGUGCUGGAUUUAUAUUUAUUGUUAAGUUAUAGAAAUUCUAACGUGUGUUAACAUGGCAGCUCACCUACUGUUUUUGCUGGUUCGUUUGCCUUAUUUUUUUACAUCGUAAUGGUUGCCUUCACACAUUGGUCAGAGGUGCUAUUCUCAUGUGUUACUCAUCCGGAGGCUGUUGACAGACAUGCGAGCUAUUGUGUAGUAACGUGAACUUGAUGUUGACUCAUUCCUAAGACACCAUAUAGCACCAUAUAGUCAAGAACGCAGCGUCAUUUUGUCAUCCGCGGCUCAGUACGGUAUACGAAUAACGACAACGUGUUGUGUGUAUAGUAAAUCCAAAUGCAGGUUGUUAUUGUUAUGCAAUGAAUAGUGUUCAGAGGCUCAGAGAGCAGGUGGAGUGAUGAUGGCUGUUUGUGAGUUCUUGGUUCAUUUUGGUUGUUACAAAGUCUUUAUAAUCCACUGCAGCCACAGUCUGCCAGCUCGACGCAACAUUACAUGCUUUGGCCACAAUGCAGUUUCCCGUGUGUUGUAUUAAAGUUCUCAUUUUCCA